UCAAUCGUGUGUAAUUGAAUAGCUACUAGAAGGGAGAUUAGAAAAGAGGAAGCAUGAGCAGCAAUCUGAGGAUAAUUUGUAAACCUUCUUAUCCAUUCUUCUCUUCAAUCACCAUUAGUUGCAGAUACCUUCAGGUCAAAUCGGCGGGUCAAUUUCCGGGUCGGAUCCCUAGCACCAAGCCUACAGCUCUCUUGUCCGGGAGAGUUCUACCGUUGAAUGGAGCGAGUCAACGUCAUUUGAGGAGCGUGGCUACUAAUUCGUACAAUUGGGACACCUCUAAGUCUCCUUAUGAAACCCUCGAGUUGGAAAGGGAUGCAGAUGAAGAGCAAAUAAAGGUGGCAUAUAGGCGUUUGGUCAAGUUCUACCAUCCAGAUGUUUAUGAUGGCAGUGGAACUCUUGAAGAUGGGGAAACUGCUGAGACUAGGUUCAUAAAGAUUCAGGCCGCAUAUGAGUUGCUGCUAGAUAAUGAUAAACGGAGAGUAUAUGACACUGAAAAUCGGGUGGACCCUCUAAAGGCAUCACAAGCAUGGGUGGAAUGGCUUAUGCAAAAGCGGAAAGCAUUUGACCAAAGGGGCGAUAUGGCCAUCGCAGCAUGGGGUGAACAGCAGCAGCGUGAAUUAAAUCUUAAAGCACGUCGCCUUGCACGGUCAAAGGUGGACCCUGAAGAGGAGAGGAAACUAUUGGAAAAAGAAAAGAAGUCGUCGUUGGAGAAUGCUAACAACACAUUGAGGCGGCAUACCCUUGUGUUACGGAAGAGGGACAUAAUGCGAAGAAAAUCAGAUGAUGAGAAAAGGAUGAUCAUCAACCAGCUACUUGCAGCAGAGGGGCUUGAGCUUGAAGAAGAAGAUGAUAAAAUAUUAUAGAACAUGUAUACUUUCUUGGUAUGUUAUUAUUUUACAAAGAUAUGAAAGCUGUAUAUACGGUUGUCCUUUGCUUCUUCCAAUCAUGAAAUCUUUUACCCCAUGUUGUAAAUAGGACCAGUGAUCGAUUCGGCCAAGAUGUCAGCGGUCAACGCUGGGUCAAUCUUGUUAACAUUGAUUAAAAAGUAAAAUGUGAAGCAUUUUUCGGUCUUUUUUUC